UUUUCAUUGUGAUAGGAUAGGAUAUGAUGCUACCUUUAAAUGAAUUAAUUGACAACUAUAUAUUGGCUGAUAAGGCGGAUAAUGUAAAAUUAAUUGCUGAAGGAAUAAAUAUUAAAAACUACACCUUAAUAAAUUUUCUGGAGUAUCUUAAAAAAUACUUAAUAAACAACGAUGUUCAAGAAAGACUUCGUGCACUAAAAAUGAUAAAUUUGAUACUUUUAGAAAUAAUAAAUUCUAUUGAUGAAACAGAAUGUUUGCAUUUAUAUAGAUUCUUUUGCCAUAGAUUAAAGGAUGAAUUGGUUAUAAUACCUCAUGUAUUAUCUACACUUUACCUCAUGUUGAAUUCCUUUAGUUUAACUAAAGAAAUGGUUAGUAUUUUUUUAGUUUUAUUACUUAAUGAUGAGGAACAUGCAAGAAAACACACUGAAGUUGUUUUAGUAUUUGAUAAUCAAUCUCUGAAACAAGCAGAUCGGUUUUUGAUGUAUAAAAUUUUUCACACAAUUUUAAAAAAAUCGCCUGCAUCGUGGUAUAAUCCAGUUGAUCCUAAGCCUUCUUAUUUUGAGGCAAUUAAAUUCUUACCAAUAUAUAUCGCAAUAAUUGUUGGUGAAAAAGAUCCCAGAAAUUUAAUUCUUGUCUUUAAAACAUCAAUAUUUGUUUUGGAGAAUUUUACAAAUUUAGAUAAUGUGAUCGAAGAAAUUUUUGAGAUAACGGCUUGCUAUUUCCCUAUCGAUUAUAAAUCCCAUCAACCCAUGCGAGAACUAUAUUCAUUAGUUUCUGAUAAGGGCUUGAAUUUUUUUGACGUUGAUCACGUGGAAAAAGAUUUCGUUACCUCAGAUAUGCUUUGCAUAUCCUUAGGAAAUUGUUUAAAUUCAAGACCUGAAUUUAUAGAAUACUUGCUACCUCUCGUCAUAGAAAAGUCUCAGUCUUUGUUACCUAUUGCUCAAAAAGAAUCGUAUAUCUUGUUGACAAAAUUACUCCAAAAAUGCAGCACUUCGACGGAAGAGGGUAAAAUAUUUGCGAAUGCUUUUAAUUCUUAUUGCCGUGAGAACCCUGAUUUAUUAGAAGAAUUUCAACGUUUGGUUUUUGGAGCUGAAAAUCAAUUCGACGAUCACUAUUGGCCUAAUAUGGCCGGCAAAAACGAUUUAGUAAUUAACCUUCCCAAUAAUGAUACGCUGGAAAUCAAAGACGCUGGAAUUAACGAAAAAACAACCCUAGAAAUAUGUGCUUCAAAUUUAAUGAAUGCAUUAUUUAGCUAUCAUUUUUUUGGAAAAGAUUCCGAAUUUCUUAUACCAAUUAAUGAUUAUGAUAAUUUAUUUAAAGAGAAAUUUAUAAAUCCAUUUUUGAGUGCUUGCAUAUAUCAACUACACAAACGGCUAAACGAGAGAUUAUCUUUAUUUCAAAAAACUGAUACAUAUGAAUCAAUUCAGGAUUUAAAUAUAUCAAAUCUCGAUUUUCUUAGUAAAAAAUUUAUCAAAAAUGUCAAUGAGUUUGAUAAUGAUAUUAUAUAUUAUGAGAAUGAUGAUAACAUGAUAACAUCAGGUAUUUCGAGAUUAACAAAAAAAAUUACGAAUAAUAAUAAUGCUAACACGUCCAUUACUGGCAUCUUAAAAUUGUUAAUAGCUACCGAUUUUAGUUACUCUGAGGUUAGUCUCGAUUUAGUUUUCCCUGUACAAGAACUGGCUUAUAUUGAUAGUAAUAAAAGGAAUUCGAUUAUCAUCAUUAUCUUGGAAAAUCUUGCUCAGGCUUUAUACCUCACCUCAUUUUAUAUUGUUACAGAUAGAGAACACAUAAAUGACAACACCUUUGUAUGUCACCUUAAAGAUGAUUGCGAGCGAAUAAGCGAAGUUUUAGAGAUGUUUGCUAAUAAAUUUACCGACUCCAGUAAUAUUAAUCCGAAUCAGCUGCCAUAUAAAGACAAACUGAUAUCAUUUACUAAAAAUAUUUUUGAACAACUCGAUAAAUGGCUCAAUAUUAUACUAGUGAACGAGGCCGAUAUUAAAAUUAGUUCAAUAUCUAUACUAUUUUUCUUACAAAUCGGCAUGCGUCUAACAAACAUUCUCUUAGUAAUCAGGCAAAGAUAUUAUAGAUAUAUUACCAAUCAAUUGGUCGAUAUGGAUUCAUUUUUCAUCAAGAUACUAAGCUCUAUCAACCAUGUUUUAGAAAAUUUAUCGGAAUCCAGUUUAAACGUAAAAUUCAAGUUAACAUUACAUCGCUUAUUAAUUCUCUGCAUAUCGAAUCAGUAUCAAUUGACGUAUGAUUUUUUUUCCAAUUUACUUCAAGAACAAUUCGCAGCAAAGUCAUCUUAUAUAGCUCUCAAUUAUGAUAACUACCUGUUAGUAGAAUCUCUUGCAAUUUUAGCCAAUCCUUUCAUUGAUAUGAAUUCAUCAGGAAACAAACUAACUAUUAUACCUAAUAUCGAAAGACUUAUCAGAUGUUUAUUAAAUCAACUAACAGAAAACUCUUCAUCCCAAAAUAUUGCCUUAAUUCUUCUUUUUCACAUAUUUGACCGCUGGAAAACAGAGUUGAACAAUAAAAAAAACACCGAAACAAUAUCUGCAGGCACCUUUUUAAAUCAUUUAAUUUUUUCGACCUUUAAUCAAGAACACUUUGAAAUAAUUUUAAAUCAUUACAUCUCGGUUGUUGAUAAGGAUUGCAAAAAUUUUAACAAUUCCGUAAUUAAAAAUACUUCCACCAACAAUGCAGCUGCUCCGGCAGAUUUAAUCAUGGAAAAUAAAUCAAUCGAAAAUUUACAACAGGGUAUUCAUCUUAAAAUUAUUAAAAGUAUAAACGAUAUCAUUGUACAUGUAAAUCCGCAAACUAUCAUAAAAUCGUUUGAGAAUCCUUUUAUUGAUCCGACUAUCAUCCACGAAUACUCUAAAAAUAUCAGGAAAUUUAUACAAAUAGUGAAAUCUUACAUAGUCAUCCUCAAUGGCUACACCCAAAAAAUGACGAUACUUUUAAAUGACUUUGGUCAAGUUAAUAAUAGGAAGCAAUUUUUAGAUACAUAUCAUGAGAUUUUGCCUUAUUUAUUCAUAUACCUGAACCUCACAGAAAAUACAACCAUGUUUUACAACUUACUAUACCAAGAAAAGAAUCUUGAAAAUCUCGCGUUUUUGAUAAAUUUUAUUAACUGUUUAUCAGAUAUGUUAUACGCAUUUCUAGCCAAUGUCACAGCCGAAUUUUCGAAUUAUAAAUUAUAUAUCUUAUCUUACAAAUGUUUGAGCAGCACAAUAAACAAUUUGAUGAUGACAUCUCUAAAAGAAAGUUGUGAUAACAUGUUAAUAAUUGUUACACCACUUAUUGAAAGCAUUCUGGCUAGAAUACAUAAAUCAAUCACCAACUUAGCCACGGCAUUGCCAUGUUCUUGUCAUGUGAUCGAUUAUAAAAAUUCUCACAUUAAUAAUUACACCAUUUUGAAACUUGACCACAUCGAUAAUAUGAAACUCAUCAAUGAACACAUUUUUUACCUCUACGGUAAUAUAAUUAAAUCAUGUUUAACUGUUAGAAUCAAGGAACCCUUUCAUUAUGCCACUCUAUAUGACACUAUUAUGGAAAAUUUAAUGACAUUCUUGAAAUGCCCAGUUCAUAGUAUAUAUAUCAGCAACUAUACCUUGCCUGCUCUAUUCGAUACUAAUGAUGAAAAAGGUAAAUAUUCUUUAUGGAAACAAAAACUAUUCGUCUACAUGUCGCCUAAGAUUUUGUCGUUGUAUAAAGAAUAUAAAGUAUUACGGCACAGUUAUUGUUUAGCUUUAUCACUAAUGAUUCAAGAUUUACCUCUUCAAAUAAUUUUAUCCGAAAUGACUAAAUUUUUCCCAAUCUUAGUCGAAACUUUAAACAACAAAAGCGGCAAUAUGAGUAAUCAUCUUAUCUUAUUGAGAAUAAUAUUGAAAAUUAUUACACAUUGGCCCAAUUCCAUACCAUCCAAUUAUCUCUCGAACCUUAUUGACUUAUGCUGUUACCCAGAGAUUCAACAAAAUCAUAUAAAUAUGGAAACAAAAAUUAUUCGAAUAAAAAUCUUAUCCGCUACUAUCCAGCACUUUGAGCCAAGUAUAAUAUCGCCUUAUAAAGCACAAAUUUUGACAUUUCUCAAAACGAAAUUGGAUGAUCCAAAACGUUUGAUAAGAAAAGAAACAUCGAAAGCCACAAGUUCUUGUUAUUUAUUGGAAAUCAACAAGCGUCCAAAUUAAUCAAGUGACUAACCAUUCAAUCAUUUUCUCGACAUUUUUCUAUAAGCCAUACUUAUAUCUCGUUUCCCUUCCACGUAUAAAUCUUGGUACAGGUUUUGAGGAAUAAGUCUGAAGAGGUUUCCGACCAUGCUAUCAUAUUUGGAACAAGAAAAAAUUUGGACUUCUUAGCUUCAUGUGAACAUUGGUUUUCUGUUGGUACAUUUAAAUCGUUGCCAUCUUUAUUUACGCAAAUUUAUACAAUUCAUGGGAUAAAAAAUAAAAAUGUUUUACCUCUCAUAUAUAUAUUGACCAAUAAAAAAGAUUAUGAAACAUAUAAAAAAAUAUUUACUAUUAGGUGACAACUUAAUAUCAACUCCAAAAAAAAAUAUGACGGAUUUCGAAAUGGCCAGUGUAAAAGCUUUCAAUGAAGUGUUUCCCAGUUCACAACACAAAUGUUGUUAUUUCCAUUUUGGCCAAUCCUUUUGGUGAAACAUUCAAAAAUAUCCAGAAUAUAAAACAGAUGUGGAAUUUAAUGUACAACUUAGAAUGGGUUUGCUUGGCAUUUGUGCCACCUUUAAAUGUAGUUGAAACAUUUGAAUUACUAAUAAACUCCAAAUUUUAUUCUAAUAAUCAAUUGUUACUUCAGCCUCUAAUUGCUUUUGAAAAAGCUUACAUUGGUAAAACAUUUGGAAGAGGCAGACUACCUAUUUUGUUUAAUAUUAAACUAUGGUACUCUUACCAAUCAACUCUGAACGGGGAAGGGAAAACCAACAACGCCGUUGAAGGAUGGCAUAGAUGCUUCAGUUCCUUCCUAACAAUUCACCAUCCAAACAUAUGGAAAUUUAUAUCAAGCUUAAAAAAACAACAAGGGUUGACAGAGUUAAAAAUUGCUCAAUAUAAUUCUGGUGAGACACCCUUUACCCCUAGAGAAAAAUAUCGAAAUCUACAUGCGAGAAUAGUUACAAUUGUUUCUGAUUUCGAAAAUCGAUCAAGAUUAGAUUAUCAAAGGAAUCGC